CAGUCGGUGUGAGUGAGUGGUGGAGUGCGGACGUGUCUGUGCGGAGCUGCGUGUGUUUGGAGGGAACUCAAGUCAUCUAGUCCUAGCUGCUCCGGCGGCGGGGGUCUCCGCCCGUAUCCCAGCCCGCCAAGGGGGAGGCAAGCCCGGCUCUCGCUCUGUGCUGCUAGUGGCUGAGCCGCUCCUUUGUGUUGCCGCAUUGUGCUCAUCUCCCCCCACCUCAGACAUAACAAAGACGACGUCGUUUGGAAGGCGGCUGUGAGCCUGUGUGGAAGAUCUGCCCUGAGAUUCUGCAAACAACUCACCCCAUCGUCCGCCCGUAACCACUUACCACUCCCUCUAAGCCUGUGAAAAUGUGCAGCUCCAAUGGCCGUGUCUGGUUUCUGACUGACAGAAGGAUAAAGGAUGACUAUCCCCAGCAGGAGAUCCACCGCGCGCUCAAGACAAAAUGUUGUGAAGAAGACCAUGAGUUCCGGUAUUUGCUCAUGGAUGAGGUGGUCUUGACCAUUGAGCAAGGAAACCUAGGUCUCCGUGUGAAUGGAGAGCUCAUCACUUCGUAUCCCCAGGUGGUCGUAGUCCGCGUGCCCACUCCCUGGGUGCAGAGUGACAGCGAUAUCACUGUCCUCAGGCACUUGGAGAAGAUGGGCUGUCGACUGAUGAACAGACCACAGGCCAUCCUUAAUUGUAUCAACAAGUUCUGGACGUUUCAGGAGCUAGCAGGUCAUGGCGUGCCCCUGCCAGAUACCUUUUCCUACGGCGGUCAUGAAAACUUCUCCAAGAUGAUCGAUGAGGCAGAAGUCUUGGAAUUUCCCAUGGUGGUGAAGAACACCCGGGGUCAUAGAGGUAAGGCUGUGUUUUUAGCCCGGGAUAAGCACCACCUGGCUGACCUGAGUCAUCUUAUCCGGCAUGAAGCUCCCUACCUGUUCCAGAAGUAUGUGGAGGAGUCGCAUGGACGGGAUGUGAGAGUCAUCGUAGUUGGCGGUCGUGUGAUUGGCACUAUGCUAAGAUGCUCUACGGACGGCAGAAUGCAAAGCAACUGUUCUCUAGGAGGAAUCGGGAUGAUGUGCACACUGAGCGAGCAGGGCAAGCAACUGGCUAUUCAAGUCUCCAACAUCUUGGGAAUGGAUGUGUGUGGCAUCGAUUUGCUCACCAAACAAGAUGGCUCUUUUUGUGUCUGCGAAGCGAAUGCAAACGUGGGCUUUAUUGCCUUUGACAAGGCCUGCAACAUGGACGUAGCUUCUCUCGUGGCCGACUACGCCCUUUCGCUUCUCCCAAGUCGACUGACCAGGCGAAUGUCCCUCCUUUCUGUCGUGUCCAGCACGAGCGAGACGAGCGAGCCUGAGCUGCCUGGCGUCACCUCCGGCACUGGCGUUGACGUGCCUGCUCCUUUACUCCAUCACCACGAAGCUGGAGACAGCAUGAGUGCUAGCUCCAGCUCUGUGGACAGUGAUCCUGACACUGCCACGGAGAGGGAGCUCCUCACCAAGAGCGCCAUCUUUAACAUGAACCAGCUUCUCGCCAGCGAAAUCAAGCUUUUGGUGGAAUAGAAAAUUGGGAGGGG